UUUCUUUAUCUCUCUCUAUCAGGGUGUGAGUGCAAGAAAAUGGCCGAAGCCAGUAUCUCAAUAGCUCAGGACCGGUUCAUCUGUCCAGUUUGUAUGGAUCUCCUGAAGAAUCCAGUGACUAUCCCCUGUGGUCACAGUUUCUGUAAGGUGUGUAUAAAUGACUGCUGGUAUCAGAAGGAUCAGACUGGAGUUUAUAGCUGUCCUCAGUGCAGAGAAAUUUUUACCCUAAGGCCUGUUCUACUUAGAAACAAUGUGCUGGCUAAAAUGGUAGAAGAACUGAAGAAGAAGCUUGAAGUCCAAGCUGCUUUUCCUGCUCAUUGUUACAUUGGACCUGGAGAUGUGGCUUGUGAUUUUUGCACUUGGAGAAAACGCAAAGCCAUCAAGUCCUGUCUGAUGUGUUUGGCCUCCUUUUGUGAAACUCAUCUGAAACCUCACUAUGAAGUUCCUGGAUUGAAAAAACACCAGUUAAUUGAUGCUUCUGGAAAUCUAGCAGAGAAGAUCUGCUCCGAGCAUGAUAAAGUGCUGGAGGUCUACUGCCGUACUGACCAAAGCUUCAUUUGUUGUCUGUGUAUGUUGGAUAAACACAAAAGCCACGACACCAUCUCAGCUGAAGCAUACAGAACUGAAAAACAGAGUAAAUUAAAGGAGGAACAGAUGAAAUCCCAGCAGAGAAUCCAGGAGAAGCUGAAGAAGGUGCAGGAGCUGAAACAGGCUGUGAAGACUAUGAAGCUGAGUGCACAGACAGCAGUGGAGGACAGUGAGAGGGUCUUUACUGAGAUGAUCAGCCUUAUGGAGAAAACCCACACGGAGGUGACGGAGCUGAUCAGAGCUCAGGAGAACGCUGAACUGAGUCGAGCUGAACGACUCCUGGAGCAACUGGAGCAGGAGAUUGCUGAUCUUCAGAGGAGACUCACUGAGCUGGAGCAGCUUUUACACACACACGAUCACGUCCAUUUCCUCCAGAGUCUCCAGUCUCUCUGUGUCUCUUCUGGACGUGGGGACUCACCCAGCAUCACUGUCAGUCAACAUCUCUCAUUUGAUGGAGUGAGGAAAUCUCUCUCCGAUCUAAAAAAGAGACUUGAGAAAUUCUGCCAUGAGGAAUUCAUCAAAAUCCCUCAACAUGCUGCAGGAGUUCAGAUGAUUUUACCCUCAGAACCAAAGAGCAGAGAUGAUUUUCUAUACUAUUUCUGUGAUCUGACUCUGGAUCCCAACACAGUGUAUUAUAACCUCAUUUUGUCUGAGAAGGACAGAGCGGUGGCAUACAGUGAUAAAAAGCAGGAGUACUCGGAUCAUCCAGAGAAAUUUGACUCCUUCUAUCAGGUGUUGAGUAAAGAAAGUGUGUGUGGACGCUGCUACUGGGAGGUGGAGCGGAGCAAUGAGGGACAUGUGUACAUAUCAGCCUCAUAUAAAGACAUCAGCAGGAAAGGAUGUGGUAAUGACGGUUGGUUUGGAGGCAACGAUCACUCCUGGUGUCUGGAAUGUACUUCUUCUUCUCUCUCUUUCUUUCACAAUAACGUUAAGACUGAUCUCAGAGCUCCAUCAUCCUCCAGAAUAGGAGUGUAUGUGGAUCACAGUGCAGGAACUCUGUCCUUCUACAGCGUCUCUGACACCAUGACGCUCCUCCACAGGGUCCACACCACAUUCACUCAGCCUCUGUACGCUGGGUUCCUUCUUAUUCAAUCAACUGUGAGAUUAUGUGAGCCAUAAUAAAAUAAUAUUAAUGUAAUUUUUUCAAACAAUAAUAUAUUUACACAAGCAAAGGUAUAAUUUGAAUAACUAAAUAAAUGUAAAUAAGAGAUUUUUCAAACGUGGGUAGUAAAGCAUU